CUUUAGCGCUUAGCUUUGCGCAUGUGCAAUAGAGAGUGGCGCGAGCCCGCGGUUUCCGGCUGGAGAACAUGAUGCAAGGAGAGGGGAGCCCUAGUGCUUCCCUUAUUGACAGGACCAUCAAGAUGAGAAAAGAAACUGAAGCUAGGAAAGUGGUUUUGGCAUGGGGACUCCUAAAUGUAUCUGUGGCUGGAAUGAUAUACACUGAAAUGACUGGAAAGUUGAUUAGUUCAUAUUAUAAUUUGACAUACUGGCCCCUGUGGUAUAUUGAGCUUGCCCUUGCAUCUCUCUUCAGCCUUAAUGCCUUAUUUGAUUUUUGGAGAUACUUCAAAUAUACUGUAGCACCAACAAGUCUGGUUGUUAGUCCUGGACAGCAAACACUUUUAGGAUUAAAAACAACUGUUGUACAGACCACUCCUUCACAUGAUCUGGCAGUCCCUCAAAUUCCUCCCUCUCCACCCUCUCCUUCAAUUCAGGGUCAGAGUGUGUUGAGUUACAGCCCAUCUCGCUCACCCAGUACCAGUCCCAAGUUCACCACCAGCUGUAUGACUGGAUACAGCCCUCAGCUGCAAGGUCUGUCCUCAGGUGGCAGUGGUUCUUACAGUCCUGGAGUAACUUACUCACCAGUCACUGGUUAUAAUAAGAUAAACUAUAAUCUCAAGUGUGGGAGCCCAGAUUCUACAUCUCCAUCUACCAGCCCAACUUUCUGGAACUACAGUCGUUCUGUGGGGGAUUAUGCACAAACUUUGAAGAAGUUUCAGUAUCAGCUUGCCUGUAGGUCUCAGGCCCCAUCUGCUAACAAAGAUGAAGCAGAUCUCAGUUCUAAACAAGCUGCAGAAGAGGUUUGGGCAAGAGUGACUAUGAAUAGACAACUUCUUGAUCACAUGGAUUCAUGGACAGCUAAGUUUAGAAAUUGGAUCAAUGAGACAAUACUAGUGCCACUUGUACAAGAGAUUGAGUCUGUCAGCACCCAGAUGAGACGAAUGGGCUGUCCAGAGCUACAGAUAGGAGAAGCUAGUAUUACUAGCUUGAAGCAAGCUGCCCUGGUCAAAGCCCCUCUCAUUCCCACUCUGAAUACGAUUGUGCAAUAUCUAGAUUUAACACCAAAUCAGGAAUAUUUGUUUGAAAGGAUCAAAGAGCUUUCUCAAGGAGGCUGUAUGAGCUCAUUUCGAUGGAACAGAGGUGGCGACUUCAAAGGACGCAAGUGGGAUACAGACCUGCCCACUGACUCUGCUAUCAUCAUGCACGUGUUUUGCACCUACCUGGAUUCCAGAUUACCUCCACAUCCUAAGUACCCAGAUGGGAAAACAUUCACUUCUCAACACUUUGUUCAGACUCCAAAUAAACCAGAUGUUACGAAUGAGAAUGUUUUUUGCAUUUAUCAGAGUGCUGUCAACCCACCACAUUAUGAACUAAUCUACCAGCGCCAUGUCUAUAAUCUUCCAAAGGGUCGAAACAAUAUGUUUCACACACUGCUGAUGUUCCUGUACAUAAUAAAGACCAAAGAGUCAGGAAUGCUUGGGAGAGUCAAUCUUGGUCUAUCUGGUGUAAAUAUCUUAUGGAUUUUUGGCGAAUAGUAAAUCAUCAGUUCCAAACAUUUACCUUCCAUUUGGUUGAACCAGAAGAUGAAGAUGAAUCUAAACAUCUUCAAGUUAUGUCAUCUUUUCAAAUAAGGUGUGUGUGUGUGUGUGUGUGUGUGUGUGUGUGUGUGUGUGUGUGUGUGUGUGUGUGUGUGUGUGUGUGUGUGUAAGUAACUUCUACUCUACAGAACAUUACCUUUGAUUUUACAUCUCGUUUCAGAAACCUAAAUUGACUAAAACUGAUGCUGAGGGGCCAGGGUUUGUUGUUGUUUUUUUGUCUUGGGUUUUUGUUUUGUUGGUUAAU